AUGGUGGGUGUUGUGAAGUCUGCGAUUGGAGACAUGUUGAUGACCUUCUCAUGGGUCGUCCUCUCCGCAACCUUCGGUUUACAGACGACGGAGAUUAUCUCCGUCGCGGGGCUUCACGGGAUCACGUGGGCACCGUUAGCGAUCACCACGUUUCUGAUUUUCGUCUACGUGUCUUUAUUCACCGUUGUGUUCGGUUCCGCUAGCUUUAAUCCUACCGGAAACGCCGCGUUUUACGCCGCAGGGAUCCCUGGUGAUACUCUGUUCACUAUGGCCAUUAGAUUGCCUGCUCAGGCAGUUGGUGCAGCAGGAGGUGCAUUGGCCAUCAUGGAGUUAAUACCAGAGAAGUACAAGCAUAUGAUUGCAGGGCCUUCUCUUCAGGUUGAUGCGCACACUGGAGCUAUUGCAGAGACCAUCUUAAGUUUUGGUAUUACCUUUGCGGUUUUGAUUAUUAUCCUCAAGGGUCCACGGAGAUUACUCGCCAAGACCUCCCUGCUUUCUCUUGCAACCAUUUGCUUCGUUGUUGCUGGCUCUAACUACACCGGACCAGCCAUGAAUCCUGCCAUUGCGUUUGGGUGGGCAUAUAUGUACAGCUCUCACAACACAUGGGAUCAUUUCUACGUGUACUGGAUCAGUUCUUUCGUUGGAGCUUUAUCUGCUGCAUUGAUCUUCCGUACUAUCUUCCCUCCACCUCGAGGUCCUCGACCACAGAAGAAGAAACAAAAGAAACAGAAGAAACAAAAGAAACAUGAAGAGACACACCAGAAGAAACAGAAGAAAGCCUGAGGAGAUAAACCAUUCUAGACAACCCCGGUUCAAUUCUUUACCGGUUUUAGAAAGAUUCAGAAUGUUUUUCCCAUUCCAAAAUUAAGGAGAAACCAACAAAAUGUCUCCUUAUGGAUUGUUUAGAUUCACUCUUUUUUUCUGUUCAACUCUUUAUUUACCAAGCUAACGUCAACUGUUCUCCGGUUCGUGCAUUAAUACAUUCAGAUUUUCUUCCGGUUUAGAAACAUUAACUUAUCAAUGAAUGGUUAACUUUGGUUUUG